AUGCAGGCGGGGUUUGUAAUUGAUCUUGGAGACCAAGCUCAAGUACCCAUUAUUUCAUUUUCUGCAACAAGCGCUUCUCUUUCGUCCACUUGGAGCCCAUACUUCAUUGGUGCUACCCAGAAUGACGCUUCUCAAGUCAAAGUCAUAAGUGCGAUUGUUCAAGAAUUUGGAUGGAAAAGAGCAGUGCCCAUCUUCGUAGAGGAUGAGUUUGGACAGGGGACAAUAUUAUAUUUGACCAAGGCCUUGCAAGAGGUUGAGACUAGUAUACCCUACUGGAGCACUAUCCCACCGCUCGCCACAGAUGAUCAAAUUGUUGCAGAACUACGCAAGCUGAUGCAAAUGCAAACCAGAGUUUUCAUUGUGCACAUGUUACCAUAUCUUGGUGCUAGGCUCUUUACCAAAGCAAAAGAUCUCGGAAUGAUGAGUGAUGGCUAUGUUUGGAUCAUAACCACUGCCUUAACCAAUGAGUUGAGUUCAAUGGAUCCAUCUGGUGUUGAGUCUAUGCAAGGGGUAAUGGGGAAGUUCCAACAAGACAAUCCCACUGUCCUUAAUGCUGGACUGAAUGUUUUUGGACUAUGGGCACAUGAUGCAGCCACAGCUCUGGCCAUGGCAGUUGAGAAUGUAGGGGCUGGAAAUCCUGGCUUUUUGAAGGCAAACUUUUCAGGAAAUUCAACAGACCUUGAAACCUUUGGGGUCUCUCAAAUUGGUCCAGAUCUUCUGAGAGUUAUUUGGAAUACUACAUUUAGAGGUCUUAGUGGAGAUUUCCUUUUAGUUGAUGGGCAGCUACAGUCAUCUGCUUAUCAGAUAGUUAAUGUGAUAGGUAAUGGAUGGAGAGGGAUUGGGUUUUGGACUGUGGAAAUUGGACUUCUUUAUGAUAUAAAUUUAACAAAGACAAAUACAUAUUCCACUUCCCAGCAGAGUCUUGGAACCAUCUUUUGGCCAGGUGAUACUACAGAUGUUCCCAAGGGCUGGGUGAUUCCAACAAAUGGAAACAAGUUGAGAAUAGGAGUUCCAGUGGUCACCGGAUACUGCAUAGAUGUCUUCAAAGCUGUAAUGGCACAAUUGCCAUAUGCUGUUCCUCACGAGUACAUUCCAAUCGAGAUUAAUAGUUAUGAUGGCUUGGUGUAUCAGGUGUAUCUUGGGAACUAUGAUGCCGUGGUAGCAGAUAUAACAAUUACAGCAAACAGGUCACUGUAUGUGGACUUUACUCAGCCCUACACCCAAUCUGGCUUGUCAAUGAUUGUACCAAUAAAAGACAAAAUGAGAAAUGACGCAUGGGUGUUCUUGAAGCCUUUGACAUGGGAUCUUUGGGUGAUAAGCUUUUGCUCGUUUGCUUUCAUUGGUUUUGUGGUUUGGGUUCUUGAACAUCGAAUAAAUGAAGAUUUCAGGGGUCCUCUCUCACGUCAAGUUGGCAUGAUCUUCUGGUUCUCCUUCUCAACGAUGGUUUUUGCGCAUAGUAAUGACUCUUCCUCAUCUUAA